AUGAAUACUCUAAUUCUUUUCUUUAUUGUUACUGCCCUGUGUGCUGUAUCGAACAACGCUAGCCUACUGUUUCCGAAAAACGAAAUUGGUUUUAGGAACAAUCUGAGCAGUAACGAUGAUGUUCUCACAGUCCAUUGUAGAUCUGACGAAGACGAUCUUGGUCUUCACUUUCUGCAUCAAGUAGACGUUUAUACUUUCGAGUUUGGAGAUAGGGUCUUCGGUGGAACUUAUCAUCAGUGCGUACUACGACAUGGGGUUAACAUUCAAUUUGUGAGAGAGAUUAUGGCAUAUGAAGAAUCUCCUUAUCAUCUUAGAUUCGGUCAACUAAUGUUAUGGGAGGCCAGAGAUGAUGGGAUCUACUUGACAACAGGUGAUCAAGGCAAGGCAGAAAAAAGAUAUGAUUGGUAA